GUAUAAGGAAGAUGAUAUUAUUGAGAUAAUUUGCUGUCAUGUGAAGUGUAAAAUGAAAUGUUAGUUAAUUGCAUGCAAAUUAGGGAAAUUGUUUAAAAAUUAUUAUGUUUUACCGCGAAUUGGAAACUUCAGAAAUGAACGGAGUAUUGUUUAAACCAAGAGGAAACCGAAGGGAUAUACAUGACUAUUCAAAUCAAGAAGACCUAAAUAAGACAACAAACUUUUCAAUUUCUGAAAUUUUACGACCUGAAUUUGGUCAAAGGAGGGCAGAACAAACAAGUUAUCGAGAACCGUGCCAAGUAAAACAAGAAACAUUUUCUGGAUUAAAUCAUUAUGUUAACACUCCGACACCAUAUCGCUCUUCGUUUUACAAUAUUGAUGACAUAUUCCGAAGAUACAAAACAUUUAUGUGCUCAGCGUCCAAACAUGACAUCAAUGAAACAUCCGGGUCUUUAGAGAAAUCGAUUGUAAACGAUAUAAAGCCCUUUGAAGAGAUCAAAACAAAAUCGGAUCCGGACGCCCUAGAAACAUCGGAUUCCGGACACAGUGAUAGUGGAAAUUCUGUCUGGCCAGCAUGGGUUUAUUGUACUAGGUAUUCCGACCGACCAUCAGCUGGUCCAAGAACAAAAAAGGUACGACACAGAACCAUCAAACCACCAUCAGACGAAAAGAGACCUCGAACGGCGUUUACAAAUGAGCAACUACAUAGACUGAAAAAAGAGUUCAACGAAUGUCGAUAUUUAACAGAAAAACGUAGACGAACUUUGGCUGAAGAUCUCAGUUUAUCAGAAUCGCAAAUCAAAAUAUGGUUUCAGAACAAAAGAGCAAAGGUUAAAAAGACAUCAGAGGCCAAGAAUACUCUCGCUUUGAAUCUAAUAGCAGAAGGACUCUAUGAUCAUUCAACAAUACCUACCACAAAGUCAAAUCCUACCGAGUGUGAUUAAAUCUUUGAAUUGUAUAUUUAUUUAUAUUUAUUA